AUGACAAGAGUUUGUCUUGAUGUUUCACUUCAAGAGAAAGAACAGAAAAAGCUAUUGAAUUGCAGUGAAAGCACAUCAGGCAGUGUGGAGGUGAUACAUCAGACUGUAAGACAGGAAAUCAUAGCUCCAAGCCACCUAAUAUACAAACAGACAAGAGAACUGGGAGUAUCCUCAUUUUCCAAGUUACUAUUCAACAGCAUCUACUUGAAUGGCAAGCAACCAAACUGUUCCUCCCCACCACCAAAGCAAGUGAAGCAAAUCAAAGAGCAUGACUUACUCAAAAUAAACUUCUGGAAUAUCAACACAAGCAGCUGGAAGAGCAGUGAAUUAUCCAAUGCUGUUGAAUCACAGAAUGUGGUGAAUACAACAAUUGUGAUGUUGGAAGCUGAAAUUGGAAUCCACUGGUGGCAUUCAAUUUCUGCUCAGAAUGACAGUAAGGAGACAGGUGGUGAGGUUUGA